AUGCCUACAACACAAGAAGACUGCCAUUUCUUUCUGCAAGGGUCGUGCCGCAACGGCGACCAAUGUCAAUUCAGACACAGCCUUGCUGCGCGCUCCACCGAGGAUGUCUGCCCAGCAUACGCACAGACAGGCAAGUGCCCACAGCAGGACUGUGGCAAACGGCACACGGGUAACGCCCACCGGCCUGCUAAGGGUCCACAGGAAAUUCAGUGCCGCAAUGAGGAAAACGGCGGUGUGUGCACGCGACCCGGCUGUCACUUCAAGCAUCUGCGGCCGCAAGGAGCGCCAGGCGGUAAUCCGACAAGCAUGUUUGGACGGCCACCCAGGCCAUCGGCACUGAACCCUAGCGCAAAGGUGUUUGUGCCGCGGCAGACAUCAGGUAAUUUUGAGGGUGAUGGGGGUCCACAGUUUAGGCCGCGGUAUCCGGUAAAGGAGAUGACGUUGAGGGCCGGUGGUGGCCAGCGGGUUGCACAGCAGAGCGCGUUUGCGACGCAGGCGAGGCCAAGCCCGAGAGCAGCGCGUUCACAGCCCCAAACGUCGCCGUUUCAGACCACCGGAGUGUUCGGGGCAUCGGUGUUUCAAAGCCAGCAGAAAUCAGCAUUUGAGGGCCAGCAAACAUCAGCGUUCCAGAGCCAGCCGACAUCCGCAUUUCGGCCGAAGCAAUCAUCAGCGUUUCAAAACCAACAGGCGUCAGCAUUCGGAUCCAGCACACAACCUACAUUCAGGGGCAGCAGUGCCUUUGUGUCAGGUGCAGAAUCUACAUUUGGGUCCACUAGUUCAGCGUUCAGAGCAAAGAGGUCUGUGGUGUCGACCAGUGCAGAUGAUGUAGAGAUGGGCGAUGGAGAUGGUGAAUCCGCUCCAGUCCAGGCUCCAGCCUCAACUACUACCUUGCAGCCGCUAAAGGGGUUCGCUGUGCAGUCAGCGUUCGGCCAGAUGGGCAUGCAGAGCAGUGCCUUUGCAGCAAAGUUAGCGCCCGCCCCGCUGCAAACGAACCAGACCACGCAGCAGUCUAAUCCAAAGGACCAGCAGCGCGAGUUGAAGAAACAGAAACUGAUGGCGCAACUGGCAGAGAAGAAAAGGCAGUUGGAGCUCCAGAAGCAGCAGCACCAGCAGCAGGAGAACCUGGGAGCGAAGGUCUGGGCCCGGCCAACAGAGCCAGCAGCAGAACCAGAGUCAGGGAAUACACAGCAGCAGAAGGACCUGGGUGCAAAGGUCUGGGUUAGACCGUCGGGGUCUGGGACGAGGCCAGAGAAGCCGACACAGCUAAAAGAACCGCAGGCACAGACAGCAUCCGUCAUGGCCAAGCCAACCAUGCCGCAACUUGUCCCUGGGUCGAGCUCGGCCAGUGGUCAGCACAUCAAGUCCAUCUACGAUAUCCUCGGCAUCCAAAAGGAGUCUCCGCAGGUGCCUAAGGUGCCGAUCCGCAAACGUACUGCCGAUGCUGUUCUAGCUCCUGCUGUCACUUGGACUCCUACUCCUAGUGCAUCAAUUAACUCAUCGCUGGCUCCGCCAAUGCCAGCAAAAGUGUCUUUUGUUCGAUCACCAUCGCCGUCACCGUCGCCUAUGCUUCGCACAAACCAAAGUAGCAGGUUUUCAGGGUCUGUCCAGAGCCCGCAGCUGCCAUCGUACGAAGCAACGCCUAGCGACCACGCUUCUCCGGACUGUACGCCUGCCGAUAAGCAAGCAAGCCUUGACGACCAUUCUUAUAACAGAGAGUCUGUCGCGCACAGUGCUGUACCUGGCAUUCUGUCGCAGGCGGCGUUGACACAGAAGACAGAGGAGGACGCUGAUCAGGGGCCAAUACCGAAUGUGGACCUGAGUGCGACCACAGAUGCCAAGAAGGCAUCGUCAUCACCUCCGCCUGCUGUUCCUGGCGUUGUCAUAGAGCUGGCUAACAGUGAGUCCACGAGCGUCCCAUUAGACUCAGUGCAGGAACCUCCUGCUGAAUUGACCUCUUGUCCGGAGCUACUUGAAGAGCAGCCACCAAGACAACCAAAGCCACAAGUACAGGCGACAGCAGCGGCACCCAAAAAGGCGUUAUCACCACCACCUUCGAAGCCUUCGGCCGACCAACCCGUGAUCAAGAUACGGUCGUUCCAAGAGAUCAUGGCUGACAAGCGUCGCAAGAAGGAGCAGGCCGCCCUGAUUGCUGCGGGCCUGCCGCCUACAACUGGUGCCACUACUACUGCUCAGAAGGACCUGCCACCGGAAACCCCCAAGACUGCUCUGCCCACGACACCUGGCAAACGUGCGCGCGAAGAGGAUGGGCCUAUCGAAACUAAGCGUGCCAAAGCAACACCAAAGAAGCCAAAAACUCCCAAGCGCGAGAUUCCAGAUUAUGUCGCUCUAUUUGAGCGCGAAAUGGCCGACAUUGACAUGGCCGACUUGAGUGGGCCGCUGGCUAGUAGCUCGCCCACCGACCGGAUCUCCAGCGCUGAUCUUGAGGAAUUCUAUAUGGGGUCAACCCUUGAGCAGAUUCUCAGCUAACUUUUAUGUGUACAAUCUGAAAUAUCAACAUACCAGCCAAGAAGAGG